AUCAACAUUGACACACCCCCAACGUUUGCAAUCGUACCGGUGAUAACAAAGCUGUUUACUUUCCGCCCAUCAACUCGUAUCAAAACAAAUCCCCCCUGAAGUCACGUUGCCGACCGCGCUACAUUACGCUGCAACGUGACGCUACACUCAAGUGGACAACUCACCAUACCAUCCCACCGAAACAUGUUCGAACACGAUCAUUCACGCCACACACUGACGCAAGCCUGCUUGGAUGUGGUGAAAUACCACCCCAAAACACACAACCACCAGCCUGCUGCUGCGCGAAGUGGUUGUGGUUGGUGGAGCAGAAAUGGGGCUGCAUGACUCAUAAGCCGGCCGGUUUGUUUUGAUCGUCGCCAACUUGCAAAAACAUGUCCAGCGCGUCCGUAUAAAAGGGCCGCGGAUGCGACAACGCUGCAUCAGAACGCAAACAUGGCUUCAGGUAACAAGAAGAGCAUGGGGACGACCCCGGCCCAGGUUGGCAUCAUUCCGGAGUUUUGUGGGGAGACCGACGACUGGAUCGUGUACCGGGAGAUACUGGAGGAAUUCUUCAAGGCGAAUGGAGUGCUGGACAGCAACAAGGUUUCAGUGUUGAUCAGCGUCAUUGGAGCGGACACUUACCGGGUUCUGCGGGACCUGUGCCAUCCGGAUUCGCCGAAGGACAAGACGUACGAGGAGCUUUGCGCGCUGCUGGGAAAGCAGUUCGUUCCGGAGAUUGCGAUUUUCCGAGAGCGAGCCAAGUUCUAUCGAGCGGAACAAGGUCGACGUGAGGAUGUCAAGUCGUGGUACGCACGGUUGAAGAAGUUGUCGGUGGACUGCAAGUUUGGCGAGCAUCUGGAACCGUUGCUGUUGGACAAAUUUAUUGUUGGUUUGAUCCCUGGACCUAUUCAAGAUCGGUUGUGCGAGGAGAACGAGAAGCUGACCUUGAAGGAUGCCGUUGAUUUGGCUGCUAACCGGGAAUCAGCCAUUCAAGAUGAAGUCAUAGCUGAAGACAUGGGUGAAAUGAAUCUCGAAGAUCGCCGUCGUGGACGCAGGAAGCACGGGCAUCGUCACCAUCAUGGACAUCACCGUGGGCCGCACGGAUUCGGACCAGGGUUCCCGAUGGGUUACGGGUACCACUUUGGACCGCGCGGUCAUGGACCGCAUCACUUUGGUCCUCCGGCGCACGGCCCUCAUGGACACCACCACCACGGACCAAUGGGUCGCCAUGGACCACCCGGCCCGCCGGAGUUUUUCCGCGGAUUCGAAGGUGGUAUGAAUCGUCACGGAUGUCCCUUCAAGCCGCGCGGACGUGAAAUGAAGCGCUGGGCCAAGAAGUGGCGCAAACAUGGCCGCAGAUCGGGCAGCUCAAGCUCGUCCUCGUCGUCGUCUUCGUCGGAAUCGAGCAGCUCGAGCAGUGAUGAGGAGGAGGAGAACAAGAAACGCAAGUGCCGCAAGGAGGGCGGACACCGCAAGGGAGGUCAUGACCAUCACCAUGGAGGAAAGUUUGGACACCACAAGCACGGAGGACCGAAAGGGCGUCGUGGGGAGCACGGUGGAAGACGUUGCGGAGGACGGAAGGAAGCUGAGGAGCCGAUUGUAACUGAAAACACCGAACCGGAGCUGAUCGAGUGAAGCUGAAGAGAUUUUCAAACUAUUUAAACUGCAUUUAACUUAUUUAAUCGUAUGCUAUCAACCAAAAAAA